AUGUCUUUAAAACAGGAGAUCGAAACCUGGGUUCAAGCUCUUGCGAACUACGAUAAUAAUGAGUUCGAAGAAGCGCUAAAAGUCUUUAAUAAUAUCGCCGAUACAUCGAAAAUCCUCUUCAACUGUGGUGUCAUCUAUGCAACUCUGGGAGAGCAUUUUAGAGCGGUGGAAUGCUAUCAACGGGCCGUUGCACUUGAUCAGUAUUUUGCUGUUGCAUAUUUCCAACAAGGCGUCUCCAACUUCCUCGUGGGCGAUUUUGAAGAAGCUCUCGCAAAUUUCAACGAUACACUACUCUACCUGAGAGGAAAUACGUCGAUUGACUAUGAGCAGCUGGGGUUGAAAUUUCAAUUGUACUCGUGUGAAGUUCUAUUUAAUCGCGGCCUAUGUUACAUAUAUCUCCAGCAAACAGAGCCUGGCAUGCAGGACCUUCAAUAUGCUUCAAAAGAAAAGGUUAAGCCGGAUCACGAAGUCAUCGAUGAAGCUAUCAAGGAAAACGCAGAUGGUUAUACUGUAUUCUCUAUUCCCGUUGGGAUUGUAUACCGACCAAGUGAAGCGAAAGUUAAGAAUCUAAAAACCAAGGAAUAUCUCGGGAAAGCCAGACUAGUUGCUGCUUCUGACCGUGCAAAUGCCUUCACUGGCUUCCAAGGGUCCGAAAUCAAAAGAAAUGCGGUCGACACAGCAAAAGACGACCGGCCGCCGGAAUCAAUCUCAUUUGCAGCUUCAAAUCUAGUUCAGAAGGGCUUGACCAGUCGUGGAGGCAGACAGCAAUCAGAACCACCUAUCAGCCGAAAUUUGUUCCCACCGACCCCGCCGCCCGAAUCAGAGAAACCACCCUCUGUUGCAGGCAGUGGCUCUCCUAGCAAUUCAUCUGGUUUAUCAGGACGCGGCCCUCGGCCACCGAUGCUGGAUUUGGGUCGAUCAGCCAUACCCACGAACGACUCCGGGGCAAUGGGAACACAGAAACCGAUGGAGAGGCCGCGGAUAGGAACCGUCCGAACAGCAUCAGAACCUCGCGGCCCGCCCUCCAGACAGCAUUCUAACGCGCGGAGUCGUGACCAAAACGGUCGACCUCUGUACCGAGAAACCACCAGACGAAUGCAACGGGACUCUAAUUUUUCACCUGUCGAUGAAGACGUGUACGCCGAUGAGGUCUACGACAUGUACGCUCAACCUCACAAUGGCCGAUUGGGUGGAAACACCAGGGGGGCAAGUGUCAGGCGGCAACGACAACCAGCACAGCAUCAACCCCGUUACCUAGAAGAUGGCGAUUACGUUAGCGACACAUACGAAGAUGAUUCAGCGGAUGACGGCGAGUUUGAGAUGAUGGGCGCUCCUCCUCCACGUACACACCGGCGGCAACCCUCACGGCGGACAGAUGUGCGCAAAAUCCGAGCCAAGGUGCAUGCCAGUAGCGACGUGCGAUUUAUCAUGAUUGGGUCGUCGGUUGGCUAUAAUGAAUUCGAAGCUAAAAUUCGGGAUAAAUUUGGGUUUAAGAAGCGGGUGCGGUUGCAGAUGCAGGAUGAUGGAGAUAUGGUUACGAUGGGUGACCAGGAUGAUCUUGAUAUGCUGCUUUCGACGUCCAGGCAGGAGGCGAGGAGGGAGGGGCUUGAUAUGGGGAAGAUUGAGAUUUGGGCGCAAGAAGUAUGA